UUUAAAGUGCUGCACGAGAGAACGAGGUGGUCAUAGCAUACACGAACCGAGCCGAGCGGGUCAGAGAAUCAUUAACAGAACCACAAAUAGGGAGGAGAAGAAGAAGAAGAGCGAGGAAACGAGAGCGAUGACUCUACCGACGGUGCGACAACUUUUCCUGCUGUGUUUGUUGGGGAUUUUUGGAUGUUUGAGCACAACAGAUGCCAGUCCUUUUGGACAGUGGCGGGAUGACACCGCAUUACGAAAGGUGCGAGGCGUCCAGAGCGACGAUAUGAGUAAUGUGUUGUGGAGAGACCAAAACGAGGAGCAAGUCCAGAAUAUUUUCAAAAGGUUUCUGUUUCAUUACUCCAAAGCGCGCAACUCUGUCGGAGCUGUUCAACAAGAGUCCCACUCAGUUCACCCUUUGAUGCGACUUUCGCCUAAACUAUCCCAGAGGAGAAAGAAGAAGGUGCUGCUUCUGAAACUCCGAAACCUGCCAGAGGGAAUGCUGUAAAGGAGGAGGAAUCUGAGAAAGUCAGGGGAGGAAAUGACACACAAUGAGGAGGAGGAGGAGGAGCAGCUGGCAGCUCCGGCCUGGAUGAAGAGUCUCAGAUACCGAGUGACACGCAGCAUCUCUGGCUGUGGACGUAAACAUUUUAUUAUAUUUUUCCUGAACAGAAAAUUACUUAUAAAGACAAAAAAAAAA